AUGGAGAUACAAUUCUCUGUCCCCGUCAAUACGGCCAAGAAGAAGACAUCUGCCGCGAAACGGCACGUAAAAUGCGACGAGAGCAGACCUGCGUGUCUGAACUGCCUCAAAUGGCGCGGCUAUUGCGACUCUUACGCUGAUGCUGCCGAGCCUCGGCCUCUGAAGAAGACCCCUACGGCGAACCAAGGCGCGAAAUUGGUUCGUACACAUAAACCGCCUCUUUUGAUCACGGAGCCCGCCGUCAAUACCAUCCGCUUUGCCAAUAGCGAGCAGCGAGCUUAUUUCGACGAAUGGUCCAAACUGUCCAUGGCCUUUUUAAGCGGCGGGCUUGGCCAAACACGCUUGUGGUCAGCAACGAUGCCGCAGGUAUCCUCGGAGGAGACGACAUUGCGAUACGGUGCCAUGGCUGUGGGCGCGUUGCGGAAGGCAUACGAGCUUGCGAGUCCGUCUAUGGCACUGACGACAGGGAACAAGCAUUAUCUUAAUGCCGUCAUCUAUUACUGUGAGGCACUGCGACGUCAGGCGAAGGCGGUACCUACGAGGGAGGGAUUGCGCACAGCACUCCUGUCAUCCCUGUUAUUCAUCUGCUUCGAGGCCCAGCGAGGAAACAUGCCCGCCGCUCUGAAGCAUGUCACACAUGGAUUCAGCAUGUUGAACGAGCUGGCUGCUUGUACGGACCUCGCUCCGAGCCUUGUUAGUAUCGCUCAGGCGCCGCCGGCCCUGGUGCAGGAGAUUCUUGACUGCUACAAACCCCUCGAACUCCAGUCGAGAUCCUUUAUGGGGUCAUACAAGAAAUUCUUCUUCCCGCCGACCCCGGCCAGAGCGGCAUCGUCACCAGGGGUUUCGAGAGCUGCCGCGACUGGACAUGCGCAGCUCCCUGCAAGCCCAGACGGUCCCGCGGCCAACUACGACAUAAUGCAGCGUGCCCAUCCUUCACCAAGUCACCCGAGGUCUUCGUGGCAAAGUCCGCCGCCGGCGAGCACACUGGCAUCGCAGACGGGCUUGCUCAGCCCGCAGAGUCGGAGCGGCAGCGCGACGGCACCGCGCAGCCACUCGCCCCCGCCAGGUGCCCGGCGACUUGCCAGCAUCGCGCCGUUCACGAAGCACUCGCCGUACUUUCGACCGAGACAAUCGAACAUCACCACGCUGGACAAUAUGCCACAAGUGUUCAAGGACCUUGAAGAGGCCCAGGGAUAUUGGAGCUUGGUCCAGAAGGCCAUGGUCACACAUCUUCCCAUGCUGACCAUGGUGACUUCUCAACUCGGUCUGACGAGGACAGUCAGCGAGGCGGAGCUGGACAUGAAGCUACGCAGCGUCAAGCAGAAUCCCCGGAUCACCAGAUUCAUCGCCGAGACGAGAUACUGGAUCUCCCGCUGGGCCGAGGCCAUCGAGCCAGUGCGCCAAGCCAUCUGGCGCAACUCCGUCAACGACCACCAGACAUACCUCCAGGCCGUCAACUUGCGCAUCGAAUAUCUCAUCCUGUACGUAUACACCACGGUGCCUCGCUUCUCCGGCCUCGUCACAGCCAAGGGCCUCACGCCCCAGUACCGCGAAAUCAACCGUCUCGCGGAAACGCUGCUCAUGGCCCGACCGAACUGCGGAUUCGCAAUGGACUCCGGGUGGACAUGGCCGCUCUUCAUCUCGUCAUUCAGCUGCCGAGACGGCGCCGUCCGCCGAGACGCCAUCCGCAUCCUGGGCCAAUACCCGAUCCGGAACGCCCUCCGCGACAGCCGAGUAUUCCGAGCAAUAGCGAUGCGCAACCAGGAAGUCGAAGAGCAAACCGUGCUCGAGGGAACGGAGCACGAGCAGUGGCUGGGGCUGAGACGGCGAGAAUUGGUGUUUGAGGAUUUCGGCACCACAAUUAUAUAUCGAUCUGCGCAGAAGAACCGCAGCACGGGGGACUGGGAGCUCGUCGAGGAGGUCGCCCAGUGCAGUGCCCUUUCGUCCGACGGGAAGCUGGACUGGCUUCGGCAGCCGGUGUCGGAUUCGGCAUCUAUCAUGUCAGGCGUGUGUUAG